CUGUUAAUUACAUGUAUGUUCAUCGCAGUGUUCUAUCUUAACAUAUCAAGCGAAGAAAUAAAGCUUUUAUGUGAUAAGCUAAACUGAAAAGACGUUUUAAAAAAACAAUACGAACUUCACACGAUAUGAUCGCAUUGCAUAGCAGGUAAUUGUUUUCUUAACAAAGAAAAGAAAGCCAAUCAAACGCUUGUCAGAUUUUUAAAACACAGUGUUUAGUGACACAAAAAAUACGUAUCUAAAUGAUUUACCCCUUUCAUUUUAUAAUCUGGUUUAGUACUGUGCUACAACGACGUAAUGAGAACAUUCAUGAUAAGUUUAAGUCUUCCCAUCAAGAACUAUUUUUUGUGAAAAAAAUAAACAAUUAUAUAUAAACGAUGGGUUGCUGCGGAGAGGCUUCCGGUUGGGCGAAGAUUGGUUUUCUGCUGUUGAUGUGUGCUACAGGACUUCAAAUUGCGGGCAAUGUGACCAACAACUGGAUGACGUAUAACACAGUGAAGGACACCUUCGACCUCCGGGUGGGAUUGUGGUGGUUCACUAACUGCUCCGGUGGGGUAUCUUGUCACACCGAGAACACCCCCUCUCAGUAUCUGUCGUUUGAAGUAACGUUAGUGAGGUGGUUUGAGGUAGCCGCUGCAGGACUUAUGUUUAUUUGCCUCAUCGUCAGCGGUUUUUAUGUGGCUACCGAGAGGUGCCGCACAAGGGCGGUGGCAGUGGUCCUGCUUCUGGUGACGCUUAUAGCAGCUGGUCUUGCCAUUGCUGGGAUUGUGUUAUGGAUACUACAAGUGGAGUCGCCAUAUUACCCCGCCUGGUCCAUGGGCCUCUCCGCUCUCGCCUCCGCCCUCGUCCUCAUCACCACAAUGUGUCUGAUUCCCGACAUCAAGGAAAAUAAAUACGAACCUAAAUCCACAGUUCACCCUGAUAAUGGCAGCAAAUACAAUCGUCUGGAGAAAUCUGACAGCAUUCUUAGCAGAGACGGGCGUAGUGACAAAAUCGUCAGACGACCCUCUGACGUCAUCGUAACGUCAAUCGGUGACACCCCUCGUGACUACAAAAAGUCAGGUGAUCUCGGGAGGGAAUACGGAAGACAGAACCGACGUGAGAGCAGAGUCAGCGCCGACUACAAUCCGUACCCCUAUGGACCAAGAUCUACCAAAGAUCCUUUCACCAGUGGAUUCGAUAGAUUUGAACUUGAAGUCAUCACGCCGUCUGCCCCUCCAAGAUAUGACUAUAUGCAGAAAAAAUUCUAAAUAUAAAAAAAAACACUUCCUGCAACUCAAUACUCAAUUUUAAGUUAGAUAGAAAGAAUGGACAAAAAAGACCAGGUCUGUAGAGCAUUGGUCAUAAGAAAAAUCGGAUAGACAACCAUACCGAUUAAUUUUUCAGACCUGUGAGCUGAAAAAUUCUUCCGGCUGAGACAGGUUACAUUUAUAUUGUCCUCAAAAACGUCAAUAUUUGUUUCUUAAUCAUUUGGAAAAAGUUGAAAAAUGUCACUAAAAUUAUUUUGUACAUGGUUUGAAUUAAGAAUGAUAUCCAAAGAAAUGGAUUUCAAACGAUUAUCUUGAGAGAGUGUUAGAGAUGAAAUAUGCAGAGGCCAGUUUUACAUACGAACUAAGGACUAAGACCACAAUCUUUGGUUCAUUGUAAAAUUCUGCAAAAUUGAUUAUUCUUUGUAAAAUUGCUAGCAUAAAUAAUAAUAAUAGUAAUAAGCAGAAUUAAGUUUUGGUGUUAGUCGUUAGUUCUUUUAUAAAAUGGGUC